AUGUGGCAACUUUUGAUCGAGCAAAAUUAUUUUAGUAGUGCUUUAUGUCUUACGAUUGAAAAGGCAUUCCAGAAUCUUGACCUGGCCGAAAUUCCCCCCUCCGCGUCCAAACAAAAUACUCCAAUUGUGGAGAGAGAGCUGGGUUUGAAGAUUUUCGCAAGCACGAAGCUUAAUUUACAGCAAUUAUCUUAG